AUGCACUUCGAAGAAGACGAUGACGAGAUCAAAGCGAGAGCAAGGGCCUAUUUUGCUGUGUCCCAGCAACGUGCGGCAGAGGCAGAAGCCACGCAUCAUGCCAUGGACUUGGUGAAGCUCAAGGAAUGGGCGAAACACUCGGAAGGCAAGUGCUCGGACCACAUGCGCGCUGUCUUGAACAGUUGGAAUCGCAGCGUGGAUGAUUUUGAGGUUGUUGCUGGCGAAUACGGCGCUGCCUUUCAUGAGCGCGUCGCUGGCUACGUGAAACAACAACGCGAAAGCAUAGCUGGCAUGGCACACCGUAUCAAGGACCCCGGAAGUCGCUCGGCGCCUUAAACAUUACGUUCGCGUAAGGUGGCUCACGCAGUGUGUGCCUGUAACAUGACUCGACGAGUGGUUUGCAGAGA